CAGUGUUAUUCGUAACUUACAGUUAAACUACAAACACAGUCUUCCUCGCGCGUUAACUGAGCGCUAACGUUACAUUUAACGGUGAACGACAAAGUGUGCCAUCUUCAAAUAGACCAGCUUCGGCAUCGCUGACGUCGACGUCAUCAAACCCCCUGUUGUGCUUUACGCUACAAGCAAGCGUGAGUGCAACAAGGAGGGCAGCCCGAGGGCAACUUUUCCGGUGAAACGUCACAAAAAUAGCCUUUGGUGUUGGUCGAAAAUGCGGCAGAUAACGACGGAAAGAGCCGAACAAGAUUCUCAGCGGACGUCGAAAGAAAACGACACCGGUGAGACGACCGUAACCGGCAUGGAAGGACAGGCCGUCCCCGAUCCUAAACAGGAACCGGGCGACAACAACGACAGCAGGAAAGCGGAGACCAGCGGAGUGAGUGGCCGCGAUGCGGCGGAGGAGCACGGAGACGCCCCGUCCCCCGUCCCCGACCAAGAAACCGCUCCGCGUACCGAAAAGUCGGCUGUUGGCGAAAGGGCCCCGAACCUCGAACUGUGUGAAGCCGCGAAAAGUCCCGCACAGGGCAGCUUGGCAAGUAGCACCGAUUUCGCACAAGAGGGCUCCAGGGUGCUGAAACAAGAACAAAGAGAGGGGGGGAACGCGUCCGCCUCACCGCCUGCUGACCACACAAAGACCGCGGACAAGCCUGAGCACGGCAUCAAGAGACGGGCCAGCACGGAGCUCACCUCGUCGGACGGAGAGCCGCUCAGUCGGAUGGAUUCAGAAGACAGUAUCAGCUCCACUCUGAUGGACAUGGAGAGCACAGCGUCCAGCGGUCGCUCCACCCCCGCUAUGCUGAACGGUCACACAGGUGGAGUAGCAGGGAGUGGUUCACUGGUGGCGGGGGGCAAAUCUCUGAGCUACACCUGCUGCUGGGAUCACUGCCAGCUGCUGUUUCCCAGCAGCCCUGACCUGGCUGAGCACAUCAGAGCAACACAUGUGGACGGACAGAGAGGCGGGGUGUUUGUGUGUCUGUGGAAAGGCUGCAAAGUCUACAACACGCCAUCCACCAGCCAGAGCUGGCUGCAGAGACACAUGCUGACCCACAGCGGAGACAAACCUUUUAAGUGUGUAGUCGGGGGCUGCAACGCCACGUUUGCUUCCCAGGGGGGGCUCGCACGCCACGUCCCCACGCACUUCAGCUCCCAGAGCUCGUCCAAAAUGUCCAGCCAGAGCAAAGUCAAAGAGGAAUCUCCCUCCAAGGCCGGCCUCAACAAGAGGAGGAAGCUGAAGAACAAGCACAGGCGCUCGCUCCCACGACCUCACGACUUCUUUGACGCUCAGACCAUGGACGCCAUCCGCCACCGAGCCAUCCUUCUCAAUCUAGCAACACACAUCGAGAGCCUGGGUAAUGGACACAGUGUAGUCUUCCACAGCACGGUAAUCGCCAAAAGGAAGGAGGACUCUGGGAAAGUGAAGGUCCUGUUGCACUGGACACCUGAGGACAUACUGCCCGACGUGUGGGUGAACGAGAGCGACAGAGUGCAGCAGAAGACCAAGGUGGUGCAUCUGUCCAAGCUGCCCUCGGACACGGCUGUCCUCCUGGACCCGAACAUCUACAGAAUGUUCUUCUGAGUGACUCGCGGUGACGUGAUGACGCUCCAGGAUCUCCCUCGUCGGUGGGACGUAGAGGGACUUGUUUGUUGUGAUUCGUGUAGCCUCCAGUGUUUUCUACAUUAGGUGCUGACUUUACUGAGUGUAUGUAAGUGUAAGUAACACAACUAGGCUGGAAACUGACAGCUGUAACUGUAGAGAGAAGCAGUCUUUGUAAAUACAGGAGAUUUGUAAUAUAUUUUUAUACUUUGGAUUUUACCUGGACUGUAGAUAGACGUCUUUUUUCUGCCAGAACAUUUUGGAUAUUUUAAAAGAGGAUAUGUUCAUCGUGCAUACACUGACACUGUUCUGUAUGAUGUCAUUAAACCUGUCCAGUGUC